AUGGCAAAUCUCACUCUUCCCUUCAAAUGCAUCAUCAUCUUCUUCAUCUUCUUCUUCAUGAUCUCUCACACAUCUUCAUCUUCUUCUUCUUCAUCUUCACAUUCCUCUAAUAACAACCAACAGAUUCAACCUCGAAACCCUUCUUCACACAUCCCUCAAAUAUCUCACUACCAUCAAGUGUUCUACCUCAAGAACGCCAACCCUAACGCCGACCCUCCAACGUUUCUGAGCAGACAAGAAAGAAUCAAGAAGAGGAGGAUGAACAGAAACAAGAACAACAAGAACGUGAUGAUGAAGAAGCAUAGGAAACAUAGGAAGAAGAAGAUAGUCAAGAACAAGAACAUGAUGAAGUCGCCAGGACCUUUCUCUGUCAUGCUUCCCAAGGGUUUUGUUCCUCCUUCUGGCUCCUCACCUUGUCACAAUGAUCAACCCAAUUCCAUGUCAUUCCACUGCCAUCUCUCUUCGUCACAACCUUGA